AUGCAGCAGCAAGGGAAGAGUAGUGGAUCUGAGAUGGAGGUGACUUGGGAAGAUCAGCAGAACAUCAAUACCUUCAGCCGUUUCAACAACCGACUCCAUGAACUCGUAGACGAAAUCAAAUUCGCCAAGGAAAAGUGUGAUAAUCUAGAGGAUGCAGGGAAUGAGUUGAUCCUUGCUGAUGAGGAGAUGGUACGGUUUCAGAUAGGAGAAGUCUUUGCUCAUGUGCCCAAGGAUGAGGUGGAAACAAGGAUUGAAGAGAUGAAAGAGGCAACCAUUAAAUCCCUUGAAAAGCUCGAGCAAGAGAAAGAAUCACUCGUCUUACAAAUGGCUGAGCUUAAGAAGGUAUUGUAUGCUAAGUUCAAGGAUUCUAUCAACCUUGAAGAAGAUUGA